CCAGUUGUCCCUGCGUACUUCUACACUUCGGUUGUGUUAUAGCAGAGUGAUAAGAUUGUGAUGAAAGCUCAGUUUAGAGUGAUCUGCUAUAAGUGAUCAGUGAACAAACUAAUCAGCUGUUUAAGAAAUAUGGAGCUGAGCAAAGUGAACGGCGCCGAGGGCAAAGACGGCGCAGGGUCACUGGCGCAACCUCUGGUGCAACAAGAGAACCUGUCUCCGUACAGAUCAACUACGAUGGUCGAGGGACGAUCACGAUUCAACCUGUACAUCGCCUGUGUGGCUGCCAACAUCGCAUCAUUUGCCAUCGGAAACUGCUUCACCUGGACUUCCCCAACCCUUCCGAAGCUGCAAGUUCCCAAUGACAUUGUAUGGAUCAAUGACGAAGAGGCUUCAUGGAUCGGAUCUCUGAUCGCCUUCGGAGCCAUCUUCGGUCCGUUUGCAGCUGGGUUCCUUGUGAACCGUGUGGGUCGCAAGUGGUCCAUCACAGCAUCCGUCGUCUGCAUCAUCAUCAGCUGGUUGAUUCUGUUGUUUGCUCGCUCUGUGCCGCUCAUCUACGCAGCUCGAGUGUUGGCUGGUGUAGGAGGGGGGAUAAUUUACACAGCUGUUCCUAUGUAUGUGGCGGAGAUCGCUGAGGACGAAGUUCGAGGAGCGCUUGGUUCCAUGCUUGCUUUCUUCCUCUGCUCAGGGUUUCUCCUGCCAUACACUAUCGGUCCCUACGUCUCGUACAAUUUGCUGAUCCUCGCGUCGCUUGUUUCACCGAUUGUUUGUCUUGUUGUGUUCACGGCUCUGAUGCCAGAAACUCCGUACUUCCUACUACAAGAAGGUCGGGAUGCUGAAGCCUUAAAGAGUCUGUCGUGGUUGCGUAAAGGCGCAACGGUUGAGGACGUCAAGAAGGAACUGAAUCUAAUGAAGGUUUCAGUGACAGCUACCCUCGAAGAGUCAGGCACGAUCGUGGAUCUGUUUUCCACCCUGGGCAACCGCAAGGGGUUGUUGUUGUCCUGCGGGUUGGUAGCGGGGCAACAACUAAGCGGCAUCAACGUUGUCCUCUUCUAUGCAGAAGGAAUCUUCCAAAUGACCGGGUCCAACCUUUCCCCCUCCAUCUGUUCUAUUAUUGUCGCUGUCAUCCUUAUUCUCUCCGCCGGCAUCGCAGCACCUCUGGUCAAACGAUUCGGCAUGAAGUCUCUCCUUAUUAUCUCGGCUAUUGGAAUGGGAGUGUUCCAGGGACUUCUUGCGCUUUAUUUCUACCUCCAACAUGAACAAAAGGACCUCUCAUCAAUCUCCUGGCUUCCUAUUGCUAGCCUGAUUGGUUAUAUGACAAUGUAUGCAGUAGGAUUCGGACCACUCCCAUGGGCUGUGAUGGCUGAAAUGUUUCCUCCGAAUGUCAAAGCCAUCGGGUCAGCCGUGACGGCUUCCUUUUGCUGGGUGAUUGGUUUCUUGAUGACGAAAUUCUUCGUAGUCAUCUGCGCAUCCCUAGGAGAGUACGUCAGUUUUUCUAUGUUUACCGUCUUUUGUAUUCUCAUGGUUUUCUUCACCCUGUUCCUCUUGCCGGACACAAGGGGAAUGUCCUUCGAGGAGAUACAAGACGUUCUCAACAACAGGAGGAGAGGGAAAGCGUAAACAGAAAAGUUAUGCGAUAUAUGUUAGAUUGACUCACUAUUUCCUGUGGGUGUCACGGAGUUAAGACGUUCAAAUUUGUAAGGCGUUCAAAAGGUAGCAGGGUUAGUGUUCUAAUUUGAUAUAUUUGUGACCAAAUUAAAAGGGCAACGGACUUUGGAGUCACAGGAAAAAAAGUGAGAUUUUUUCCCCUUAAGUACAUUAUUUGUACAUUUAUUUGACCAGAACAUUUUGCUCUGAUUGAUUUUUUCCACAAAAAGUCAUGUAAUAACUAAAGGCUGUAAACAUCCGCCAUUUAAAAUGUAAAUUUACUAGUUUAAGGAUUAUUUUACAGUAAAAUGAUUCUGUUUAAAAUUAGGCUAUUCUAUCGUGUAAUAAGAUCGACAACCUUAAACCUUUUUUUAUUUUUUUAAAUAGCUUUUAUUACUGGGGUUAUGGAUUAGGGCCUAAUUCAUAUUUCCUAAAUUUAAAUCAAGUUACUAACUAAUGAAAACUAUUGAAGAUUGUGAGCCUCAAUGCAAUAAACAUUAAUAAUUUAAACCUUUUUUUACAUUUUGUUUUAUAUUUUUGUCUUCUAUUUAAGAUCUCUUAAUUUAUGAGCAAAUAAUAUGCAAAAAUUUGUUAUGUAUAGGAACAAUCAAAUAUCAGGGUAAAGCAUAUAGAAAUUAAUUACAUCUUGUAAACCUUGUCUUAAGCUAUGCUACAAACAAAAGGUGUGUUUCCUAGUCAUUGUUUAGGCUAUUUAAUCAUUAAUACUGUAUUGUCAAAAUUAAUAGUUAAGUUCAAUUCCAUUAUGAUAUUACAAUGUCAUCUAUUUCUAACAAAGACUAGAUUAUUCAAUCUUUUAGUCGUGAAUUCUAUAUUGUGCCAAACAAUUGUUUCGUUAAGUGUAUAUCGUGCCAAAAACUUUUAUUUAUAAUUUAACAACUGUUAUUUCCAACAACUGUCUCCGUGUUCGGAGAGGGUAUUAACAAGAAAUUAAUAUUUUCAGACAGUUAUCUCUGGGAAAAAAUAUCAUUGUUAUAAUAUAAUUUGACCUUUUUAAGUAUCUAUAAGCCCCUGGACUAUAAUUAUCCACACAAACUUUCUGAACUAUAAUCCUCUUACAAAAUCAUUAAUCAGCUAGGCUAUUUCGCUUUUCCUAAAAAUGUAAAUAAUAUGUCUGUGAUUUUUUAUUAAAACUUCUAGAUAUAAGGAUGUUGUAGCUUUGUGAAACUGAAAACAUUCUGAAGUAGUAAAUGUUGUAGUUAACAAAACAUAUUGUUCAAUAAAUGUAUAUUUUUGUAA